AAGGCGUGGGAGACAUUUGGCUGCCCUUGAAGAACAUGGCUUAAAUGAAAUACUAUUGUUUACUUCCUUUCCGACCAUGGUGGUCACCUCGAAGCUGUAGACGAGAAUGACCAACGUGUUGGAGGGUAACAAUGGCCACUUCAAGGGUGGCAAGGGUAUGGGAGGUGCGGAAGGUGGGAUCCGUGUACCAGGAAUCUACAGGUGGACAGGACAACUGCCUGCUGGGGUAACUAUGGACACUCCCACCUCUCUACUCGACAUGAUGCCGACUCUGCUUGACCUGGCUGGCCUUCCAUCUCUGCCUGACCUACUGCCUCACCUGUCUCCUAGGGACCUGGAUGGAGUGAGCAUUGCAAAAUUACUGACUGAUGGAGAGCCACCAGCGUCGCGUUCCCUCCUGCACCACUGUGGUCGUGACAUACAUGCUGUUAGGGUUAUUCAUGGAAAUUUGGCAUACAAAAUGAAUCUGGUGGGGUAUAAGUGGCAGCCAGGGAGUACGCAGUGUGGCUGGGGCAUCGGGACAUUUUGCUCGUGUUUUGAUAUAGAAGACUAUGAUUAUGAGCCUGAACUUUUUAACCUCAAGGAAGACCCAUAUGAAGAUCAUCCAAUUCCUACAAACAGCUCUCAAUAUGUGCAGGUGACUAUGCUGUUGAAGCAGUUUCUGGCUGAGUGGAGAGUGCGGGUGCCUUACCCACCCUCACAGUUUAAAAAUGUUGCCAACACUAUGCAUUCAAUUUGGCUUCAGCCAUUCUCUUUAUUUUGACAAUAAUGUGACAUAAGUGCUCAUAAUUUUAUUGACUAUUUGGGUUAUUAUUUGUUCUCUAAAAUGGAAACCGAGUUAGAUAAAAAUGAAGAAUCUAACAGUGAUUAUAAAAAUGACAUGAUAAAUUAUUCAGUACUGCUUUUCAGUACGUGUUACCUACCCACAACUUGCUCAAUAAUCAAUCCUAGGACAACAAAAUUCUCUGCACAUCAUAUCUUGACCUAAGGUGUGGGUGCUGUAUGUGACUUACAUUGCAGUCCUCCUUGUAUAAUGCUUGUUAAUUGAACUUGUCUCAUUGUGUUGUGUAAUAAAAUUGAACAGUCGAAGGAAA